AUGAGCCCCGAAGAACAAUUCAUCUGGGCCGGACUUGGCAUGCAAAAACGCAGAACCUACAUCACGCCUAACGGAAAAACCAAGACGUGUCGGGUGAAGAAGUGGGAGCGUAAGGCGGCCCAGGAAGCAUAUUUCGAAAGCCUGAAAUGGCUGGGGAUGCGUCGGAAUGGUCCGCGUAAUUGA